AUGCCCCUCUCCGAGGAACCUAUCCACUCCCUCCACGUCGCCUCGCCUGUCAUAUCCCAGCUCGCCGAUUUCCCGGCCAGGUACUCAGAGAGACUCCAGCGAGCCGGCUUCACAGCAGCAUCAGAAAUCAUCCUCAUCAGCCCAGAGAGUCUCAAGAGCCAGACCGGCCUAAGCAGCGAAGAGGUCCAAGAUGUGUAUCGCAGGUUAUCCGCAAUAUGUUCGCCCCAGGUCACCACGGUUUCCGCGCGACUAUCAGCUGGGGAGGAUGGGUUCAUCACGCUCGGAUCGGCCGAUCUCGACCGGGUAUUCGGCACUAUUCAGCGCGGGAUCCCGGCCGGACUGCUGACAGAAAUCGCCGGGGAGUCCGCCUGCGGAAAGACCUGUCUGUCGCUCCAGCUUUCCUUGAACGUCCAACUCCCCCACGCCCUCGGGGGCCUCCUUGGCGGAUGCAUCUAUCUGUGCACUGAAAGCGCUUUCCCCACUGUGAGAUUGCAUCAAAUGGCCUCCGGAUUACGCGCCCGAUUGGACGCGAUCAUCUUGGCUUCCUUGCCCCCCGAAACGCAGGAGACCAUCCAGCAAUUGACGGUCGAAAGCAUGAUGGAAAACGUGCAUCUGACGCGUGUUCAUAACCCGCAAACGUUAAUCCACACGAUCCACUACUGUCUGCCCAUAUUCCUGGGCAGACAUAGCAUGCCGAAGGAAGGAUCUCCGGCGCGGCCGAUCAGAUUGAUAGUAUUGGACUCGAUCGGGGCGAUCUUCCGGGCGGAUCUGGAGCAGUCGAAGCAGAGCAGUGCGAAGUUCAGGAUGACGGAGCGAGCGGCGGAGAUGAACCAAGUGGCGGAUGGGCUGAAGGUGCUUGCGGACCGAUACCGGCUGGCCGUCGUGGUCGUCAACCAAGUCUCAGACGUCAUGGCCCCUCCCUCUUCCUCCUCUGAGCUCGCCCUUCCCCGUCCACACAAUACGAUUGUCGGUCGUCCUAGCCAGCCGGGCAGCUCGGGAAGCGCUGCAACAGCCGAGAACGACCGCAAAGGCUCGCCCAACAACUCGCCCGCCUCGCUCCCCCUGCCUGUCUCCACGCCCCUCUCGACCCCCGGCUCCACUCCCCUCCCCUCCCUCGCCCCGAUCCCGCUGCUCUAUCACCAACAGGCGCGCCAUUUCACCGGCCAGAAAGUGACCCAGAACCGCAAAGAAGCCGCCCUGGGAAUCCACUGGACAAACGCCAUCAACCUGCGCAUCAUGCUCAACAAACUCCACUCCUCCCUCGACCCCACCACCCUCCUCCCUCAACCCCUCACCCAUCCUCAGCACGACCCCCAAUCUCAUCGCGUUAAGCUCUCUAACCUGGGCCUCAGGGAGGCCGUGCUCGUCUUCUCCCCCCUUGGCAAAACUGCCCUUAAUCCGAAUCAAAGAGGCGUCCAGUUCGUCAUUCACUCGCGUGGAAUCGUGUCUGUGAACGAGUUCUUGUGA